AUGGCGCUAUCGCGAACGGAGCGGCUGCUGGCGCUGCUGCUGCGGCUGCUGUCGCGGGCUUGCCUGGCCCUGCUCGCGCUUGUGGAGCCGGGCCCCGCGCCGCCUCGUGCCGUCCCGCCACCGCGCCACCCGCUGCUGCUGCUGCCCGCGCGGCGGCUCGCGGCGCGGCUCCGCGCGCGCCAGGUGAGGUGCAUCGAGGUGGUCGAGGCGUACGUGGAGAGGAUCAGGGAGGUCAACCCCCUCAUCAACGCCGUCGUUAAGGACCGGUUUGAGGAGGCCCUGCAGGAGGCCCGGCAGGUCGAUCAGCUGCUUUCGGAGGGCCCUAGUGAUGACUGCCUGGAGGAGAAGUUCCCCUUUGGGGUGCCCAUCACCGUCAAGGAGGCCUUUUCUCUGCACGGGAUGCCCAACACGUCUGGCUUGGUCAACCGCCGGAACGUGGUUGCCACCUCGGAUGCCACGGUGGUGUCGCGGCUGAAGCAGGCUGGUGCCAUCCCACUGGGCGUUACCAACUGCAGCGAGCUCUGCAUGUGGUACGAGUCCAGCAACAGGGUCUACGGCCGGACCAACAACCCCUAUGACCUGCAGCGCAUCGUGGGUGGCAGCUCCGGCGGGGAGGGCUGUGUCCUGGCAGCCGCCUGCUCUGUCACAGGUGUGGGCUCCGACAUCGGUGGUAGCAUCCGAAUGCCCGCUUUCUUCAAUGGAAUCUUUGGCCACAAGCCCACAACAGGGGUGGUGCCCAACGAUGGCCAGUUCCCCAAUGCUCAGGGGGUUCGGACCAGCUUCCUGUGCACGGGGCCCAUGUGCCGCUAUGCGGAGGACCUGGAACUCAUGCUGAGGGUCAUGGCUGGCCCUAGCAUCAACAAGCUGAGGCUGAACGAAAAGGUGUCGCUGGAAAAGAUAAGGUUCCUCUGCAUGGAUCAUGAUGGUGGGUCUGUUUUCGUUUCGCCUGUGGACAAGGAGAUCUUGCAGGCCCAAAAGAAGGUGGUGGAGCACCUCGAGAGUGAGCUGGGGGUCCGGGUCCAGCACGUGGCCAUCCACAAGAUGAAGUAUUCUUUCCAGAUCUGGUCAGCCAUGAUGUCAUCCAAGGACAGUGAUGGGCAGGAGGCGCAGCUCUUCACGGACCUGCUGGGGGACCACGGGAAGCCGGUCUGGCCACUGUGGGAGCUGGUGAAGUGGCUCGUGGGGAUGUCUUCCCACACUCUGCCAGCUAUUGCCCUGGGGCUGACGGAGAAGGUGAUGAAACUCAACCCUGGUGGGAAUGCCAAGCUGGUGAGCAUGGGGAAGAGCCUGCAGGAGGAGCUGGAGGCCCUGCUGGGGGCAGACGGGGUGCUUCUCUACCCCCCACACCCCACCAUAGCUCCCAGGCACAACUCCCCCAUAUGCAUGCCCUUCAACUUCGCCUACACGGCCAUCUUCAAUGUGCUGGGCUUGCCAGUGACACAGUGCCCACUGGGCCUGAGCAGCGAGGGGCUGCCACUGGGCAUCCAGCUGGUGGCAGCCCCCUACAACGACCACUUGACGCUGGCAGUAGCCCGGUACCUGGAGGAAGCCUUUGGAGGAUGGGUUUUACCUGGAAAAGUGUAGCCUGGGCACCUGGCGCUGCAGGAGGCAGGGACUGAGAUGGUGGUGCCCAGUGAGGUGGUGGUGGGCACUGGUGCCUGUUCCUGGCUCU